GUGCUUAUAUUUGCUGCAUCAUUAGCUGGAUACAUGUACUUUUACAAAAUGAAAGAUGGACUAGACUCCACUACUCAGUCAGCUCUCAAGUUUAUAUUCGGACCGUCUGAACUUGUACAAAGUGAAGAUGGUGAACCAGAAACAGCAGUUAGAUCUAGAUUCAGUUUAUCUCCAGACAUGCAGCAAUAUAUUGACAGAAUGAAGAGUUCUGUCAAACAUCGUUUAUGCAAACAUCAGUUUGGAUGUAUACAUUAUAUAUUAAAUGGUUUUUUGAGAAAUUUCUGGAUGGGCUACGGUAUCCAGACUGCUCUUACAUUCAUAGGAACUAUUCCAGCUAUGUUUAAAAAUCCUCGUUACAUUUACAGAUAUUUUUACAAAUCUUUGAUCUCAUCAGACAGUUUGGGUCUUGGUGUUUUUCUAGGACUAUUAUCAAGUCUUUUCAGGGCUGUAUGUUGUGUAUUAAGAUGGUUUAGAAAUAAAGAUGAUAAAAUACAUGGACUUAUUGCAGGUUUUAUAUCAGGCUUGUCAAUGGUUUAUUAUAAAAGUUCUUCCAUAGCUCUUUAUGUAGCAUUCAAAUUACUAGAGUUAGUAUACUUUAAAGGUGUGGAUGCUGGUACAGUGCCUUAUUUUAAACACGGUGACUCUAUUCUUUACACCAUAUCUACUGCAAUUAACUUGCAUCUGGCUGUGUUUGAACCUCAUAAUCUAAGACCAUCCUAUUGGAACUUUUUAGUUAAACUUACAAAUUUCAGAUUCAAAGAAAUGAACCGGAGAAUUAUUGACCAAUUUGUUUACCAAUCAUCAAAAUUGUAUCCAAAUUAUUGGCCCAAAUACGAUCCAAGGUAUCUGACGACCAUUCCGCUCAAUCCUGUGUAA